CGGGAGGCCCGCCGCUUUCGUCGCUAGAACUAGCGGGCUGGUGUGUGCUGCUGGUGCGCCGCCUCUUCCUCCGCGUCACCGCUGCCGCCAUGCCCGGAGGUCUGCUUCUUGGGGACGAAGCCCCCAACUUCGAGGCUGUCACCACCGUCGGCCGCAUCCGUUUCCAUGACUAUCUGGGAGACUCAUGGGGCAUUCUCUUCUCCCACCCGCGUGACUUUACCCCAGUAUGCACCACGGAGCUUGGCAGAGCUGCAAAGCUGGCACCAGAAUUUGCCAAGAGGAAUGUUAAGUUGAUUGCCCUUUCAAUAGACAGUGUUGAAGACCAUCUUGCCUGGAGCAAGGAUAUCAAUGCAUACAAUUGUGAGGAGCCCACAGAAAAGCUACCUUUUCCCAUCAUCGAUGAUAAGAAUCGGGACCUUGCCAUCCUCUUGGGCAUGCUGGAUCCAGCAGAGAAGGAUGAAAAGGGCAUGCCUGUGACAGCUCGUGUGGUGUUUAUUUUUGGUCCUGAUAAGAAACUGAAGCUGUCCAUCCUCUAUCCGGCUACGACUGGAAGGAACUUUGAUGAGAUUCUCAGAGUAGUUAUCUCUCUCCAACUGACGGCAGAAAAGAGGGUUGCCACCCCGGUUGACUGGAAGGAUGGAGACAGUGUGAUGGUCCUUCCAACCAUCCCUGAAGAGGAAGCUAAAAAACUUUUCCCUAAAGGAGUCUUUACCAAAGAGCUCCCAUCUGGCAAGAAAUACCUCCGUUACACUCCCCAGCCUUGAGCGUCUCCAGGAAGUUGGUGCUGGAGCUGCUCGCCUAGCACAGUGAGCCAGAGGAUGCCAGCUGCCAAUCAUGUUUUCCUGCAGUAGUCCCAUAAAAACAUCCUGGUGUGAUUCAGCCAAGCUUUUUAGGCUGUUCUACUACUGGCUUAUUAAAUGAAAAUGGCACUAAACAUUUCUUGGGAUUCUUUACUCUGUGCCUUCACCAGCAUUCUAUUCUGUUCAUGUAUCUCAACGCUGUGCUGGCUCUUUUUGAAAUAUAUUAUGUAUUUGGGACUCAGAUUUUGUUAGAUUCCUGGAGGGUUUGUGAUCAGCUAAUUAGUAUCACUUCAUGGUUAAAAAGCCUGCUUUACUCCAUGAUAGAAUGAUUAUCACGUUUUUAGCUGUCUUAUCAAAUUCUGUCUUCCGUUACCCAUUUUGGGGAGCAACAGAGCUUGAGGUUCAACUUCCUCUGUAAAUAUCUAAGCACGUAACCCAAGAACUUGCAGUUAACUGGGAUGUUCUUCAUUAUGCAGUGUUUUGACCACAGCUGGGGAAAAACUUUCAACUCUACUUUCAGUAAAUAACUGAAAUGGGAAGAACAGGGAGGGGGUCUUUAAAUAGUUUGCUAUAAGAAAAAUUUCUGAUAAAUUUCUAUCAAAGUGGGGAGGCUGCAGAAAAGUUCCCCCACAACUGCCACAGAGGUGUGAGGAGGUGUGAGCACUAUAAGUGUCACGUGCCUUUUACACAGUAUUUCUGCACAUCUUCUGCUCUGAGAUGUUACAUACAUCAAAGAGCAUACCUUGGGAAAGAGAAGAGAUUUAAAAUGUUUUAUUACAUAACUAUUCUUGCAGUGGGUGACUUCUGAAUUUUGCUUUUUGGGGAUUAGCAAAUAAAAUUCUUUCUUAAAUUGGA